CUGACCACCCGUCAUUGGGUCGGGUAUAUGAACGGCAUGACACCGGCGCCCUCCUUCAGCUGCCCUCCACAUCGGGCUCCAGAAGGUGGCGUGUUUGUGGUGGUGUUGGAACUAUCGUGUUGGAAUCCACAGAGCCCGUACUGCUUCGAAGUACUUGAGAGUCUGCCUUCAACACCGAGCGUUGAUCAUCCACCACCUUCACCAGCACCACCACCACCAUGCCUGGCCAUAUCGUCAAGAGCACGGGUCCCGACCCCGACCCCAGCGAGUACCUGUUCGUCUCCCUGGAGAUGAAACGUCAGGAUCAGACCAAGCCUUACGACGCUAAGAAGUCCUGCUGGGUGCCUCACGAGAAGGAAGGCUUCGUGGCGGGCGAGAUCCAGGGCACGAAGGGCGACCUCAUCUCCGUCUACGCCGACGGCGACACGAAGAACUACAAGAAGGACCAGGUGGCCCAGAUGAACCCACCCAAGUUCGAGAAGUGCGAGGACAUGUCCAACUUGACCUACCUGAACGAUGCUUCCGUCCUGUACAACUUGAAGUCUCGCUACGUCAACAAGCUCAUCUACACCUACUCCGGCCUCUUCUGUAUCGCCGUCAACCCUUACAAGCGUUACCCCAUCUACACCAACCGUACUGUCAAGAUCUACCAGGGCAAGAGGCGCAGUGAAGUGCCUCCCCAUAUCUUCGCCAUCUCUGACGGCGCCUAUAUGGACAUGUUGCAGGGUGGCCAGAACCAGUCUAUGCUUAUCACAGGUGAAUCUGGCGCUGGCAAGACCGAGAACACCAAGAAAGUGUUGACCUACUUCGCCUACGUCGGCGCCACCACCAAGAAGAAGGACGAGAGCAAACCCAACUUGGAGGAUCAGAUCGUCCAGACCAACCCCGUAUUGGAAGCCUUCGGUAACGCUAAGACCGUCAGGAAUGACAACUCCUCCCGUUUCGGUAAGUUCAUCCGCAUCCACUUCGCGCCCUCUGGCAAGCUCUCUGGUGCUGAUAUUGAGGUAUACCUGCUGGAGAAGGCCCGUGUCAUCUCCCAGCAGUCCCUGGAGAGGUCCUACCACAUCUUCUAUCAGCUUAUGUCUGACCAGAUCACCUGGAUUAAACCAACCUGUCAGCUGAGCAACGACAUCUACGAUUACCACUUCGUGUCCCAAGGCAAAGUUACAGUCGCCUCCAUCGACGACAAGGAAGAGAUGCAGUUCACAGACGAGGCCUUCGACAUCCUGCGUUUCUCCAAGGAGGAGAAGACGAACGUCUACAAGAUGACAGCAGCUGUGAUGCAUUUCGGCGAGAUGAAGUUCAAGCAGAGGGGUCGAGAGGAGCAAGCAGAGGCCGACGGAACGGAGGCCGGCGAGAAAGUGGCCGCUAUGUUGGAAACGGACGCCAACGAGUUGUACAAGAACUUGUGCAAACCGAAGAUUAAGGUCGGUGCCGAGUUCGUGACCCAGGGCAGAGACGUCAGCAAAGUGCUGUACUCCGUUGGUGCUCUGUCCAAAGCCUUCUUCGACCGCAUGUUCCGAUGGCUCGUCAAGAAAUGUAACGAGACGCUGGAAACUGGGCAGAAACGAGCUAUGUUCAUCGGUGUGUUGGACAUCGCCGGAUUUGAGAUUUUCGACUUCAACGGCUUCGAGCAGAUUUGCAUCAACUUCUGUAAUGAGAAACUGCAGCAGUUCUUCAACCAUCACAUGUUCGUACUGGAACAGGAGGAAUACAAGAGGGAAGGCAUCAACUGGACCUUCGUCGACUUCGGCAUGGAUCUCCAGGCUUGCAUUGAGCUCUUCGAGAAGCCUAUGGGUAUCUUCUCCAUCCUCGAGGAAGAGUCUAUGUUCCCCAAGGCCACCGACAAGACCUUCGAGGAGAAGCUCAAGACGAACCACCUGGGCAAAUCUGCCGUCUUCAUCAAGCCGAAGCCUCCCAAGGCCGGGCAGGUAGAGGGCCACUUCGCCAUCGUCCACUACGCCGGAACGGUCUCCUAUAACCUGUCAGGCUGGCUCGAGAAGAACAAGGAUCCCCUGAACGACACUGUGGUCGACCAGAUCAAGAAGGCCGGCAACGCCCUGGCCGUCGAGAUCUUUGCGGAUCACCCCGGGCAGUCAGCUCCUGCCGACGCCGGUGGCAAAGGUGGCCGUGGUAAGAAGUCUGGUGGUUUCUCUACUGUGUCUUCGUCUUACAGAGAACAGCUGGCUAAGCUCAUGACUACCCUGAAUGCCACGCAGCCUCACUUCAUCCGAUGCAUUGUGCCAAAUGAAACCAAAUCGCCCGGUGUCUGCGAUGCUGCUUUGAUCAUGCAUCAGCUGACUUGUAACGGUGUGCUUGAAGGUAUCCGUAUCUGCCGAAAGGGCUUCCCUAACAGGUUGCCGUACGCCGACUUCAAGCAUCGUUACCUGAUCUUAGCCUCCAAGCCCAUGACUGAGUGUGCCAAUGACAGAGAGGCCGCAGGAGUUUGCUUGACCACCGUCGAGUUGCCCGAGGAGUCCUACCGACUGGGUCAUACCAAGGUCUUCUUCCGAGCUGGUGUACUGGGUCAACUUGAAGAAAUUCGAGACGACCGACUGGCCAAAAUCUUGUCAUGGUUGCAAGCCUGGUGCCGCGGUUUUACCAGCAGGAAGAACUACAAGAAGCUGCAGGAGCAGCGCAUUGCCCUGUGCGUCGUCCAGCGCAACUUGAGAAAGUUCAUGCAGAUGCGUACCUGGGCUUGGUACCGUCUCUGGCAAAAGGUCAAGCCUCUCCUCAACGUCACCAGAGUCGAGGACACGAUCCGUGACCUCGAGGACAAAGUGGCCAAGGCAGAGGAGAACUACGAGAAAGAGCUCAAACUUCGCCAGGAACUGGAGGCAGCUAAUGUCACCCUUCUGGAGGAGAAGAACAAUCUGAUGGUAGCCCUCGAAUCCACGAAAGGAAACGUGUCAGAAUUUCUCGACAAACAGGCCAAGCUCCAGAGCCAGAAGGCCGACCUGGAAGCUCAGCUCAACGAAACAAGUGAGCGUCUUCAAGCGGAAGAGGAGGCCAAGAACCAGCUGAUCCAAGGCAAGAAGAAGACAGAGCAAGAAUGCAACAGCCUCAGAAAGGAUAUCGAAGACCUCGAGCUCACCAUUCAGAAGGGCGAGCAAGAUAAAGCCACCAAGGACCACCAAAUCCGCAACCUCAAUGAUGAAAUCGCCCACCAAGACGAGCUGAUCAAUAAAAUCAACAAGGAAAAGAAGCACCUUCAAGAAUGCAACCAGAAAACUUCUGAAGAUCUCCAGGGCAUCGAGGAUAAGUGCAACCACCUCAACAAGGUCAAGGCAAAGCUCGAGCAGACACUGGACGAAUUGGAAGACUCCCUGGAGCGCGAAAAGAAGCUUCGAGGCGAGAUUGAAAAGGCGAAGAGAAAAGUCGAGGGCGACCUCAAGCUCACACAAGAAGCAGUGGCUGACCUGGAGCGCAAUCACAAGGAGCUCGAGCAGACCAUACAACGCAAGGACAAGGAGAUCUCAUCCCUCGCCAGCAAGCUGGAAGACGAACAAGGCUGCGUCUCCAAAACCCAGAGACAGAUCAAGGAACUGCAGUCUCGCAUCGAAGAGCUUGAGGAAGAGGUCGAGCACGAGAGACAGGCCAGAGCCAAGGCCGAGAAGUCCAAAUCCCACUUGGGUCGCGAGCUGGAGGAACUGGGUGAGCGUCUUGACGAGGCCGGCGGUGCCACAGCCGCUCAGAUUGAGCUGAACAAGAAGAGGGAGGCUGAACUGAUCAAGCUCAGGAGAGACCUCGAGGAAACUAACAUUCAGCACGAAGCAGCGCUCGCUAGUCUUCGAAAGAAGCACAAUGAUGCCGUUGCUGAAAUGUCAGAGCAGAUCGACCACCUUAACAAGAUGAAAGCCAGAACUGAGAAGGACAAGGAUUCCUUGAAGAGGGAGGCUGAUGAUGCCAAGGCAGCAAUGGAUGGUCUCACAAGAGAUAAGGCUGCAGGUGAAAAGAUGAACAAACAGCUGCAGCAUCAGAUCAACGAGAUCCAGGCCAAGCUUGACGAAGCCAACCGAACCCUCAACGACUUCGAUGCCACCAAGAAGAAGCUGGCUGUUGAAAACGCUGAUCUCCUCCGACAGCUGGAAGAAGCCGAGAACCAAGUGGGUCAGCUGUCCAAAGUGAAGCUUUCUCUCACCAAUCAACUUGAGGAUACCAGAAAGCUCGCCGACGAGGAGUGCAGGGAAAGAGCAACUCUCUUGGGUAAGUUCCGCAAUCUGGAACAUGACAUCGACGGCCUCCGCGAGCAACUGGACGAGGAAAACGAAGCGAAGGCUGAUGUCCAGCGACAGCUAUCAAAGGCCAACGCCGAAGCACAGAUGUGGAGAGCCAAGUACGAAUCUGAAGGCGUGGCGCGCGCCGAAGAACUGGAGGCUGCCAGGCUGAAGCUCUCUGCGCGCCUCGACGAAGCCGAAUCCCAGAUUGAACAGCUGAACGUGAAGAACAUGCAGCUCGAGAAAACCAAACAGAGAAUCAGCACCGAGCUGGAAGACAUGCAGAUCCAGGUGGAGAGAGCGCAGACCCUGGCAGUUGCCGCCGAGAAGAAGCAGAAGAACUUCGACAGGAUCAUCGCUGAGUGGAAAAUGAAAGUGGACGACUUGGUCGCCGAGCUCGACGCUUCCCAGAAGGAGUGCCGCAACUACUCCACCGAACUGUUCCGAGUCAAGGCCGCGUACGAAGAGAACCUCGACCAGCUGGACACUGUCCGUCGUGAGAACAAGAACCUCGCUGAUGAGAUCAAGGAUCUCAUGGACCAGAUCGGAGAGGGCGGUCGCUCCCUGCACGAAAUCCAGAAGAACGCCAAGCGCCUCGAGAUCGAGAAGGAAGAGCUGCAGGCAGCUCUGGAAGAGGCCGAAGCCGCGCUGGAACAGGAAGAGAACAAGGUUCUCCGAGCUCAGCUCGAACUCAGUCAAGUCAGACAGGAAAUUGACAGACGCAUCCAGGAGAAGGAAGAAGAAUUUGAAAAUACCAGAAAAUGCCACCAGCGCGCCAUCGAGUCCAUGCAGGCUUCCCUCGAGGCCGAGUCGAAGAGCAAAGCCGAGGCUCUGCGCAUGAAGAAGAAGCUCGAGUCCGACAUCAACGAGCUCGAGAUCGCCCUCGACCACUCCAACAAGGCUAACGCCGACCUCCAGAAGCACAUCAAGAAGCUCCAGGGAGAGAUGAAGGAGCUGCAGAUGCGCGUAGAGGAAGAGCAGCGCAUGGCCUCCGAAUACCGCGAGCAGUACGGCAUCUCCGAGCGCCGGGCCAACGCCCUCAACGGAGAGCUGGAAGAGUCACGCACCCUCCUGGAACAGUCCGACAGGGGACGCCGCCAGGCCGAGUCCGAGCUCGCCGAAGCGAAUGACCACCUCAAUGAUCUCACAGCCCAGAACAGCUCCCUCAUCGUCGCCAAGAGGAAACUGGAGGGAGAGAUGCAGACACUCCAGGCUGACCUAGAAGAGAUGCUGAACGAGGCCAAGAACUCCGAGGAGAAGGCCAAGAAGGCCAUGGUCGACGCCGCCCGCCUCGCUGACGAGCUCCGCGCCGAGCAGGAACACGCCCAGACCCAGGAGAAGAUGCGCAAGGGCUUGGAAGUCUCCGUCAAGGAGCUCCAGGUCCGCCUGGAGGAAGUCGAGGGCAACGCCCUGAAGGCCGGCAAGAAGGCUCUGAGCAAGUUGGAGAGCAGAGUCCGGGAACUGGAAGGCCAGUUGGACGAUGAAACACGCCGUCACUCCGACGCCCAGAAGAACCUGAGGAAGUGCGAGAGGCGCAUCAAGGAGCUAACCUUCCAGUCCGACGAGGACAAGAAGAACCACGAGAGGAUGCAGGACCUCGUCGACAAGCUCCAGCAGAAGAUCAAGACCUACAAGCGCCAGAUCGAGGAGGCUGAGGAAAUCGCCGCCCUCAACUUGGCCAAAUUCCGCAAGGCACAGCAGGAGCUGGAGGAAGCGCAGGCAACCGCCUAAGGACAAGUCCCGCCUGGGAAUACUUGACGGAUCGGGACUGAAUGAUAAACGUUGCAAGGCUUACUCUUAAAGGCACACAAAACUAAAAGAAGAGUUUCUCUUACUUUUGUACAUCUCACAGUUUGAAAUAAUGGCUGAUGGCGGAAUUACCUGAUUAUUCAAGAUAAAAUACAAUAAUAAAGGUCUACGUUAUUAUCGAAAUCACUUAGCAUUUUCAAUGUACUGCAAGAUCUUCGAAAUAAAAAUGAAGGCAUAAAUGAAAUUCUCGUUGAUCCAAUUUUCAGUUCUUGUUAAAAUUAUUUAUUGUCAAUGCAUAAUUGUACAUCAGCGUUCAUGACUUCUUCCAUCAAAUAUAUUAUGCUAAUCAUUAUGUUAAUCAUCAGAGUUAUUGUUAUCACAAAACUAGCAAUGAUAAAUUGCUGACAAUAAAAAAUAUAAGAAAA